AUGGUCACAGGGUUCAAUGACGCUUUCAUGGAGAAACUGUUAGCCCCAUUUCUCUGGCCAGGCGCCAAAGCGAAGGACUCGACGGCUAUGACAGUGUUCAAACCACCUCGCAACUCACAGAUACGUUUAGAUAACGAUGCUUCCGCCACGUUCACAUUGUCCGAUGGACGAAAACUCGGAUAUGCACAAUAUGGUUCCUUAACUGAGGGAACACGAACUUUUUUCUACCUCCACGGUCACCCAGGAUCCCGCCUAGAGGCAGCUUGGUUUGAAGAGCUAUGCCAGAGGCUCGGAGCACGUGUCAUCGGUGUAGACAGGUUCGGCGUUGGGUUGAGCUCUCCGCAUCCGAAAGGGACGCUUUUGGAUCAUGCGAAGGAUGUGGAGGAGCUGGCGAAACAUCUUGGGUUGGCUAGUUAUGGCGUUUUGGGUAUCUCAGGAGGUGGACCAUACGCACUGGCAUGUGCCGCAUCCAUGCCUCCGGACAAACUCAAAUGCGUCUCCAUCGUCACUGGUAUGGGCCCAGCGGACAUCGGCUUCAGGGGCGCCAUUUUACCCCUCUACUUGGGCUUCACGUUCGUAUAUCCCUAUUUUCCCGGCUUGGUCAAAUGGUAUUGGCGCCGUUGGGAGCCUGUCGGUCGUCUCGACCUCACCGACGAACAACGCCUACAGUUGAUUCUGGAACGCCUCGGAAAAUCCAAGCUCCACCCCAGAGACAGGGAAACAUUAGACGAGGGCGUUCUUCGCAUGCAUGUGCGAUCUACGCGUGAAUGCUUUUCUCAGGGGUUCGAUGCCGUUGCUCAAGACGCGAGAUUGAUGACUUCGAAGUGGGGCUUUCGGGUGGAAGACAUUCGGGAAGACUUGGAGGUGCAGUUAUGGUAUGGGACGCAAGAUACAAACAUUCCGUUGAGGCAUGGUGAGGGGAUUGCGGCGAAGUUGGGUGGACGGGCGAAGUUGAGGGUGGAGGAUGAGACGCAUGGGAGUAUGCAGAUAAGAUAUCUGGAGGAGAUUGUGGAGAGUCUUGUCGCAAGGUUGUAAGAUUACUCAUAGGGUUGUGUCUCCUCUGAUUGGGGCGUUGGGGCAGGUGUACAUUGUAGGGAAUCUACUUCACUCAGUAUCAGUUGGCAAAUCCAGGAUCCAGAAUCAGAUAAUCAUAGACUCUCAGCUGUUCUUCAACCUUUUGCGAAACUGAUUUGAACACAAGAGAAGUUCUGAGAGUAUCCUGCAAAGUAAAAGCAGUCUAUGUUGCGAAGAAAUUAAGAG